AUGUAUGUGUUUACUCAAACACUAUCAAUAAAUAACAAAGUGCUCAUUUUAGAGUUUGAGACAAAUAAACUAGACUUGAAUUUAUUGAUUAAUGCCAUAUGGGCAUUUAUUGAUCAUUUACUUUCAAAUCCAAACUUAGAAAUUACACUUGAUGAAUAUCUUAAAAUAUUCAAGUAUAAUUCUUAUUUCACAACUUCGAAUAUUAAUUCAAUUGAUGGGAUUUCAAAUUUAAGUCAAACUUUACAUGAUAAAUUCUUGAAGGUUCAAGAUUUAUUAAUUGGGGGUACAGAUUAUAAUUUCAAUUUUUCAAUUGAUGAAUUUAUAAAAUGUACAAGAGAAAUAUUCAAUAUCGAAAAUUUGAAUGUCAUAAUAUUGGGAAAUCAAGAAAAACUAAAUCAUGACGGAUUUUUGAAAGAUCCAUAUUAUAAUUUUGAAUACAAAAUUUAUGAUUUAGAUUUAUGUUUUCAGAAUUACAAUUUUCCAAAAUUUUAUAUACUUGAAUCAAAUCCAUACGUAAAAAUUUCUCAUUCUGAAUUAAACAAAUUAAUCAAUGAAUCAAUGAAUGUCAAAAGUGGUCCAAUCAAAUUGAAUGAAAAUAUUGAGCCUAAAUUAUUAGAUUAUUCAAAUAAUUAUGAAAUUUGGAAAAUUAAAACAAAUACUUCGUUUUUAAUUCAAACUUCAUUUCAAAUAAAUUUGUCAAUAUCAAAUACAGUUGAAAAUUUCAUCUUAAUUGAAUUAUUAACAUCCUUGUUAGGUGAAAUUUUAAUUUCAAAGUUUUAUAAUUGUGAAUUGGUAACUUAUUCAUGGUGUUUAAACUCAAAUUAUGUAAAUUUACCACUGAUUAGUGUAUAUAUUUCAGGUCCCAACAUUGGAUUUGAAUUUUUCUUAAGCAAUUUCAUAAAUGAGAUUAAAAGAAUAUUAGUUGAGAUUACGGAUUAUCUAACAUAUAAAAAAUUCGUUCAGAUCAAAAACAAGUUAAUUCUAAACUAUAAGAAUUUACAAAAUGAAGGUGAAGUUGAAGAAGAUGAUGAUAAUUCCAUGAAACAGAUUAUAGCUGCAUCGAUUUUGUUGUUAGAAGAUGGAAUAUUUUCGUUAGAGGAAAGGUUUGAAACUUUGGAAAUUAUUGAAAAAAAUGAUGUAGUUACAUUAGUUGACAAAAUAUUAAAUGAAUACCAUUGCGUGAUUGUUUUAGUAUUCGGUAAUGUUUUAAAUACUGAUGUUUUUAAAAUUGAUAAAAUUGUGAAUUAUUUAACUAAUCAUCAGAGAAUAAAUUUAAAAGAAAUGUCCAAACCAAUUAAUCAAUCAAGUUUAUACUUAACUCAAAAUUAUUUUUCAACUAUUUUAAAUUCAAAUUUAAAAGAUCCAAAUGAUGUACAUUAUUAUUAUAUUCAAAUUUGUCAACGGUCAAAUGAAAAAUUGGUAAGUUGCAGCAAUUUUUUAAUUUAUUUAAUAACCCAAAAUGUUUAUUAUUAUUUGAGGACUAAAAAACAAAUUGGAUAUUUUGUAUCUAGCGGUGUAAGAUAUAAUAAACAAACUAUGGGAAUUUACAUUUUUUGUUCAAGUAGUAAAUAUUCAUACUCACAUAUUCAUUCAGAAAUUGAGAAUUUAUUAUUUGAAAUUGAAUUGGAAUUGAUUUCAAUGACACAAGAUGAAUUAAAUGAAAAAAUUGAAAUUUUUAUUAAAAAUAAAGAUAAUUUAGAUUAUUGUUUUAAUUCAAAUUAUACAAUUAAUCCCAAUAAACAAAGUAAUAAUUAUAUAAAUAAUGAUGAGUUUAAUAACGCCUGGGAGAAAAUAAUUACACGAAAUUUGAGAUUUAAAGGGAACAAUGGAAAUGAAUAUAUCAAUUCCAAGUAUUUGACCAAUCUAAAAGUGGAUGACUUUAUUCAAUUUUUUCAGACGUUUAUAUCUAUAAAAAGUUUAACUAGGUCCAGUUUAUCAAUUUUUAUAGAUUCUAAAAUGGGGAAAGAGAAGUUUAAAUUUCAAGAGAAUAAAAAGAUAUUACGGAAAUUGUUAAAUGAGAAAGGUUACAAUUUAAAUAAUCUACAUAUCGAGAAUUUACUAAAUGAGCAUGAAAACAAUUUGAACAAUGUGAUUAAGAAGUUGAAAUCAAUGGGAUAUAAUAUAAGUUUAAGAAGUUCGAUUUCUCGAUUUUCCAAAAUUUUGAAAUUGCUGCCUUUUCAUAAAAAUAUCUUGAAUAAUGAAAAAUAUAUCAAUGAGUUACAAGAAAUUGCGAUAGAAAAAUAUGGACAGCGUUAUAAAACAAAUAAAGUUGAAUCGAAAAUGAUCGAAGUUAAAAAGAAGGAAGAAAUUUAUCAGGAAUCAAGUGUAGUUGAGAUACGAAAUAAUGAUAACUUACUAAAUAAUUUUUAUGACAAUGACGAUGACGAUGACGAUGAUGAUGUUAAUAAUAAUGAUGAUAUUUAUGAUUACUAA